GCUUAUUGAGAUGGCGCUAGAAUUCAUGUUAGAAUUUAUCAUGAUUCAUCAAUACAUUGUGAUUGAUCAUUACUUGAUGUAUUUUAAUCAAAUAUCGCAAUAAAACAUUACACAUAUUUCACAUAAACAUAUAAAAUAAUCAAAAUGUAUUUAAUUAAUCGAUCUCUUCGCACUUAAAAAAAAAUGUCUACUAUACGUUUAUGGAAGCGAAUGUGGUUUAAUUUGUUAUAUAUAAGUUUAUUCACAUUCCCGCUGAGUGACAGCGAGGAUACAAAACAAUUGACGAUUUGUGAACAGAAAUCUUCUCAUAAUUUAUUAUUUGUAAGUACAUUAGAUGGAAAAAUAUCUGCUUUAGAUAUUAAUAAUCUUCAAGAAAAACAAUGGACAUUGGAAUUUAACGAAGGAUCUAUGUUAUCAUCAAAUAUUCAUCAUAGAGAAUUAAAUAAUAAUGGAAAAUGGCUUCGUUUAAUUCCAUCUUUAAAUGGUGGAUUAUAUCAAUUUGAUGAAGAAAAUUUGGAAGAAGUGCCAAUAUCUGCAAGUCAAUUAUUACACUCAUCUUUUCGUUAUUCUGAUGAUUUAGUAUUCUCUGGUGGUAGAGAACGAAAAUCAUAUGGUGUGUCAAGUAUAACAGGAAAAAUUUUAUAUGAAUGUGGAAUUAGUGGAUGUAUUAAUAUUACAGAUGGAGAAACAUAUAUUGAACAAGAAAUUCUUAUUGUUCAAAGAUUUCAACAAACUGUAAGAGCAAUUGAACCACGUACUGGUCUUGAGAAGUGGAAUUUUAGUGUUGGACAAUAUGAUUUAGUAUUGAUUCCUCAUUCUGAUAUUUAUUGCCAAAAUAAAGUAACACCUCAUAUUCCAGAUAUUGAAAUUAAAGUUAUUGUACCUGAGGGUUUAAUUUGGAUUGUUAAUAGAAACAAUCCCACAAUAAAAUUAUCACAACAUAAGUUUGAUUCUCCAAUUGUUACUAUAUGGCGUGAAGAUGCUACUAUAAAAACCAAUGGAUAUAAAAAUUUGAAGGAAAUUAAUUUAUUUGAUAAUACACAAUGGUCUUGGGGUACAAAAUUUUUAUCCAGUCCAGCUAUUUAUUUGGGUAUGCAUAAUAAACAAUUAUAUAUACAAGAAAAUACCGAAUUCUAUAAAUCAUUAGAUACAUCACCAAGAUAUAUACAACAUUCAAAAUAUCCAUGGAAACCUUAUCCUGCUAUUGGUAAAGCGAUUAAAAAAUCUCUUUUAGAUCAUGUAACAAAUAAUAAUAAUAAUGAUGAUUUAUUUGAAAUAAGCGAUGCACAAAGUACUACUGCAUUAUCAGUUCUUUAUAAUUCAGAAUAUAUAAAUGAAAAUGGAUUUUAUUUAUAUUCAACAUAUCAGUUGGAAGUAGAUAAUAGUAAACAAUGUAACUAUACUAAUUCAGAUUUAAUACUUCUUGAAGAAAAACAGAAAUUGUUUGGAACAAAUAAUAUUCAUAAAGAAGAUGAAGAUACUCCUGUUCAAGUUAUAAUUGUAUCAUUAUGGUAUUGGUGGAAAGAAGUUUUGAUAAUCUCAAUUACUACUGCGAUUUUACUUAAUUUUAUGUUAACACAACGUCUAUUAAAUGCUACAACAGUUGCUAAAGAUGCAGUACUUCCGCCUUUAAUAGUUGAAAGACAUAUAGAGACGAAUAAAAAUAUUCAACUAUCUAACAACGAAAAAGAAAUUGAUAGUUUUAAUUCACGUUAUCUCACAGAUUUUGAACCAGUGGAUUGUUUGGGAAAAGGUGGUUAUGGCGUCGUUUUUAAAGCAAAAAAUAAAAUAGAUGAUUGUAAUUAUGCUAUUAAAAGAAUUGCUUUACCAAACAGUAUAUAUUCAAGAGAACGUGUAAUGCGAGAAGUAAAAGCAUUAGCUAAAUUAGAUCAUCAAAAUAUUGUAAGAUAUUUCAAUGCAUGGCUUGAAUGUCCACCUUUAGGAUGGCAAGAAAAACAUGAUCAAUGGAUAAACAAAUUAAUAUCUCCAAAUUCAGAUUUUACUUCAGAAAUAAUUUAUACAACACCAAAAAUUAAUAACUCCAUUUGUAUUAAUGUUAGUCAAACUGAUCAAUCUUCUGAUCUAGAUAGUGCUUGUGAAGCUUAUGAAUUGAAUUAUAAUUUAAAUGAAGAUUCUUUUAUCGUUUUUGACAAAUCCUAUUCAGUUAAUCAGAACGAAAAUAUUAUAAAUAUCAAUAACUCUAAAAUUGAGAAUUCCAAUUCAUCUCAUUCAAUUAAUAAAAUUGAAAAAAUAUUAAAAAGUAAUAAUUCUACACAUUCUGAAAGUAUUCUAUUUAAACUUAACACUGAUUGUGAAUUUUCACAAAAAGAAGAGGGAAAAAAAACAAAACAAAAAUCAUUUUCUUUAAAUCUGAACAAUAAAUCAAAUACACAUAAGUCCCCGAAAAUGUUUCUUUACAUACAAAUGCAAUUAUGUCAAAGAUUAAGUCUCAGAGAAUGGCUAAAAAAUCAAUCAUUUCGAGAUUAUCAUUAUGUAUUAAAUAUAUUUUAUCAAAUUGUUGAAGCUGUGGAAUAUGUUCACUUACAAGGACUUAUUCAUCGUGAUUUAAAGCCUUCGAAUAUAUUUUUUUCUUUUGAUAAUAAAAUAAAAGUUGGAGAUUUUGGUCUUGUAACUGCAAUGACAGAAAGUUAUAAUGAAACUCAUACUCCCUCCUCAGAAAAUGAAAAUGUUACUUUUAAAAACAGUUUACAUACUGCAUAUGUCGGUACUCAACUUUAUAUGUCACCUGAACAAAUGAAUGGUCAAGGUUAUAAUUAUAAAAUCGAUAUUUAUUCUUUAGGAAUCAUUUUGUUUGAAUUACUUAUUCCAUUUGUUACUGAAAUGGAAAGAAUAAAUGUUCUUUUAAAUUUAAGGAAAUUAAUAUUUCCAAAAGAUUUUAAUAAUAAUUAUCCGGCUGAGUAUAAUUUAUUAAAAAUGUUGUUAGAUGAAAAUCCCAACAAAAGACCUACAACAUUAGGUAUUAAAGCUAAACCACCAUUAUUAAAUUAUGAAAUAGCUAACGGACGUGGUAUAAAUGAAAAUACAAAAUGGCAUUUUGAAUUGCCUCAAUUGACACAAAUUUCUUCUGUGAUUAUCAAUAAUAGUGAAUCUUGCUAAAAUAUAAAUUAAAAAAUUAUAAGUUCA